AUGAACAACAACAAUGAGACGGUGGUGACCGAGUUCAUUUUGCUUGGCCUCUCGAACCAUCCUGUGGCUCAAACCAUCUUCUUCUGGAUCGUUCUGGUACUCUACCUCAUCAACCUUCUGGGGAAUGGUCUGAUGGUUAUACUGAUCGUUACUGACUCCCACCUGCACUCUCCCAUGUACUUUUUCCUCAGCAACCUCUCCUUCCUAGACAUUUGCUACACCAGCAGCAGCCUCCCCCAGGCCUUGGUUACCUGCACCACGGAGAGAACUACCAUUUCCUUCAUGGGCUGCAUGGCCCAGAUCCACAUCUGCCUGUAUCUAGGCACCACCGAGUGUCUUCUCCUGGCUGUCAUGGCAUAUGACCGCUUUGUGGCCAUAUGCAGCCCCUUACACUACACAGUGAUCAUGAGCUGGAGAGUUUGUGUCCAAAUGGCCAUUGGAACGUGGGGAAGUGGCCUUAUCCUGACCCUCCUCCCCACAGUCAUAGGUCCUAAACGCUUCUGUGGCUCGAAUGUCAUCAACCACUUCACUUGUGAGGCUCAAACUGUCGCCAAGCUGGUCUGUGGUGACACCAGCUUCAGUGAUAUUGUUUCUUUCCUCAGUGGUGUACUGAUACUUAUUGUACCAUUUGUUUUUAUCUUGGUGACGUAUUUGCGGAUCGCACAGGCAAUUUGGCGAAUCCGUUCCAACCAAGGACGGAGCAAGGCUCUCUCUACCUGUAGUUCUCACCUAGCCGUUGUUGGCAUCUUCUAUGGUUCAGCCAUGGUCAUGUACCUUCAACCAAAAUCCAAAUAUGCCUCCGACAGGGACAAGAUGGUCUCUGUUUUCUACGGAGCUGUGACUCCCAUGCUCAACCCUCUGAUAUAUAGUCUUAGGAACAAAGAUGUAAAACAGGCACUGCAGAAACUCUUAGGGGGGAAAGGAUCCAGAUAUUAA